AUGACCCCUCUCUUGGCCCUGUUCUGCCUUGGUGAGCUUCAGGAGGGACCUGAGACUCAGGGGGGACCUUUCCCCAGACCCACCCUCUGGGCUAAGCCAGGCUCUGUGGUUCCCUGGGGGAGCAUCAUAACCCUCUGGUGUUGGGGUAUCUUGGGGGCCCAGGAGUUCCAUUUGCAUAAAAUGGGAAUCUUAUCACCCUGGGAUACUCAAUUACCACUGGAGCCAGGGGUCAAAGCCAAGUUCUCUGUCAUCUACAUGGUUGAAGCACAUGCAGGGACUUACUACUGUCACUAUCUCAGAUCCACUGGCUGGUCAGAGCAUAGCAACUGCCUGGAGCUGGUGGUCACAGGCCUCUACAACAAACCGUUCCUCUCAGUCCUGCCGAGCCCUGUUGUGGCCUUGGCGGGGACCAUCAUCUUCCAGUGUGGCUCAUGGUGGGAAUUUGACAGGUUUGUCCUGACUCAGGAGGGAGACCACAAGACCCCCAGGAAACUUGCCUCACAACAACUCCCCAAUGGGCAGCACCAGGCCCUGUUCCUUGAAGGCCCUGUAACCCCCAGUCACAGGUGGUUGUUUGGAACACCCCAGAUGUGGUCUCCCCCCAGCGACCCACUGCAGCUUGAGGUCUCAGGUGUGACUAGAAGACCCUCCCUUCUGAGCCCACAGGGUACAAUCAUGAUCCUAGGACAGACCCUAACCCUGCAGUGUCACUCUGAGGUCGCCUAUGACAUUUUGGCUCUGUCCAAGAAGGGGGGCCUGGAUCUCUGCCAGGUCCCCAGGGGCCACACACAAUCUGGGUCCUCUCAGGCCAACUUCAUCAUGGACUCUGUGAGCAUCUACCAUGGGGGCCAAUACCACUGCUAUGGGGGACACGGUUUCCCCCCACUGUGGUCGGAGCCCAGUGACCCCCUGGACAUCCUGGUGGCAGGACAGCUCCCCUACACUCCAACCCUCUCAGUGGAGCCAGGCCCCUCUGUGUCCCCAGGAGACAAUGUGACCCUGCGGUGUCAGUCCAGAGACGAGAAGAACACUUUCCUGCUGGCCAAGGAGGGAGCAGCUGACCCCCCACUGCAUGUCAUAGUGAAUAAGACAGAGAGGAUAACAGAGGCCCUGUUCUCCUUCCACCCUGUGACCUCAGCACAAAAUGGCACCUACAGGUGCUACAGCUCCAACAGCUCCCACCCCUACAGGCUGUCAAAUCCCAGUGCCCCCCUGCAGAUCUGGGUUUCAGGACCCUCUGGCUACAGCAGGACAAUGUCCACCAGGACAAUGUCCACCAGGACAAUGUCCAUCAGGACAAUGUCCACGGCUGAUGUGGUGUUCACAUCCAGAAAGAUGAUGGCCCAGGUGGUCGCUACAAGGGGAAUGGAUGACGCCGCUGUCACCCACACACAGUCUGAGGAAGGGGUGCUACUGAACCCCCAGGCAGCAGCACCUGAGGCCCUCCUGGAACUGACUUACACGUAG